AUGAAAGAAUUAUCGUAUGACAGACUAGCUCUUCAAAGGGAACAUGAUCGUUAUGUAAAGUGUUUAACUGCCGAACAGGAAAGGAUAUAUAAAAUUGUUAUGGAAGCGAUUGAAAAAUGUGAUGGAGGUGUGUUUUUUGUAUAUGGUUAUGGUGGAACUGGAAAGACGUUUCUUUGGAAGACAUUCUCAGCUGCAUUACGAUCAAAAGGUGAAGUUUUAUUGAAUGUUGCAUCCAGUGGAAUUGCUUCACUUUUGCUGGAUGGUGGUAGAACUGCUCAUUCAAGGUUUGUAAUUCCAAUCAACAUCAAUGAGAAUUCAAUAUCAACAUUGAUUAUUUGGGAUGAAGCACCUAUGACUCACAAGCAUUGUUUCGAGGCUCUUGAUAAAACAAUGAAAGACAUAUCACGUUCCAGUCAACUGAACAUGCAAUCGAAGCCGUUUGGGGGAAAGGUCAUUCUAUUUGGUGGUGAUUUUAGACAAAUUCUUCCGGUCAUCCCUAAAGGUACCAGAACAAUGAUAGUCAAUGCUUCUUUGAAUUCUUCUUAUAUAUGGCGGCACUGUAAACUUAAUAUGGCGUUGUUUUCUCCUGAUGUGUUAGUCAAUCUUCGUUUAUCUGGUUUACCUAAUCAUAAAUUAGUACUGAAAGUUGGUGCUCCGGUGAUGUUACUCAGAAACAUUGAUCAGGCAAAUGGAUUGUGUAAUGGUACACGUUUACAAAUCACGAAGCUCGGAAAAGUUGUGAUUGAAGCAAAAAUUAUCACAGGGACUAAUAUAGGUCAUCAUACUUUGAUUUCAAGACUGAAGAUGACACCUUCAGAUAAAAGAAUACCAGUUAAGAUUUCUCGAAGACAAUUCCCACUUUCACUGUGUUUUGCUAUGACAAUAAAUAAAAGUCAAGGACAAUCAUUGGAGCGUUUUGGUUUAUAUCUUCCACGUCCAGUGUUUAGUCAUGCCCAGCUCUAUGUUGCUGCUGUAUCUAGAGUAAAAAGUAGGAAGGGAUUGAAAAUUUUAAUUUAUGAUAAAGAUAAACGAGUCUGUACAACCACUAAUAAUGUGGUUUACAAGGAAGUUUUACAAAAUCUAUAA